AUGCCUAAAGGGGUGCCCAAGGACCCAGAGAUUGCUGACCUGUUCUACAAAGAUGACCCCGAAGAACUUUUUAUUGGUUUACAUGAAAUUGGACAUGGAAGCUUUGGAGCUGUUUAUUUUGCCACAAAUGCUCAUACCAACGAGGUGGUGGCCAUUAAGAAAAUGUCCUACAGUGGCAAGCAGGCGCAUGAGAAAUGGCAAGAUAUUCUUAAGGAAGUAAAAUUUCUACGACAACUGAAGCAUCCGAACACCAUAGAAUAUAAAGGCUGUUACCUGAAAGAGCACACUGCCUGGUUGGUGAUGGAAUAUUGCUUAGGCUCAGCGUCAGAUCUGUUAGAAGUUCAUAAGAAACCACUGCAGGAAGUGGAGAUCGCCGCCAUUACCCAGGGUGCUUUGCAGGGGUUGGCCUACCUGCAUUCUCAUGCUUUGAUUCAUAGGGAUAUUAAAGCAGGCAAUAUUCUUCUAACAGAGCCCGGUCAGGUGAAACUGGCCGAUUUUGGAUCUGCCUCCAUGGCCUCUCCCGCCAACUCCUUUGUGGGCACACCUUACUGGAUGGCACCGGAGGUGAUCUUAGCAAUGGAUGAAGGACAGUACGAUGGGAAAGUUGAUGUUUGGUCCCUUGGGAUCACCUGCAUUGAAUUAGCGGAACGGAAGCCCCCCCUUUUCAACAUGAAUGCAAUGAGUGCCUUAUACCACAUUGCCCAGAAUGACUCCCCAACGUUACAGUCUGAUGAAUGGACAGAAGCCUUCAGAAGGUUCGUUGAUUACUGCUUACAGAAAAUACCUCAGGAAAGACCAACGUCAGCGGAACUAUUACGGCAUGAGUUUGUCCGACAAGACCAGCCACUACGAGUCCUCAUUGACCUCAUACAGAGGACGAAAGAUGCUGUCCGUGAACUUGAUAACCUGCAGUACCGAAAAAUGAAAAAGAUCCUUUUCCAAGAGACACGGAAUGGACCCCUGAAUGGAUCCCAAGAAGAUGACGAAGUAGGUUCAGUUUCUUCCCGCGGGGACCUGGAAAUGGACAGCCUGGGCAGCAACCAUUCCAUCCCGAGCAUGUCUGUGAGCAUGGGCAGCCAGAACAGCAGUGUCAACAGCAUGCAGGAGGUCAUGGACGACAGCAGCUCCGAGCUGGUCAUGAUGCAGGAGGACGAAAGCACAAUAAACUCCAGCUCCUCCAUCGUGCACAAGAGGAAGGAUCAUGUAUUCAUAAGGGAUGAGGCGGGCCACGGCGAUCCCAGGCCUGAGCCGCGGCCUACCCACUCAGUCCAGAGCCAGGCCCUCCACUACCGGAACAGGGAGCGCUUUGCCACGAUCAAAUCAGCAUCUUUGGUUACACGGCAGAUCCACGAGCAUGAGCAGGAGAACGAGUUGCGAGAACAGAUGUCAGGUUAUAAGCGGAUGCGGCGCCAGCACCAGAAGCAGCUGAUCGCCCUGGAGAACAAGCUGAAGGCUGAGAUGGACGAGCACCGCCUCAAGCUCCAGAAGGAGGUGGAGACGCAUGCCAACAACUCGUCCAUCGAGCUGGAGAAGCUGGCCAAGAAACAAGUGGCUAUCAUAGAAAAAGAGGCAAAGGUAGCUGCAACAGAUGAGAAGAAGUUCCAGCAACAGAUCUUGGCCCAGCAGAAGAAGGACUUGACAACUUUCUUAGAGAGUCAGAAGAAGCAGUAUAAGAUUUGUAAGGAAAAGAUAAAGGAGGAAAUGAAUGAGGAUCAUAGCACACCCAAGAAGGAGAAGCAGGAGCGGAUAUCCAAGCAUAAAGAGAACUUGCAGCACACACAGGCCGAAGAGGAAGCCCACCUCCUGACUCAGCAGAGACUGUACUACGACAAAAACUGUCGUUUCUUCAAGCGGAAAAUAAUGAUCAAGCGGCACGAGGUGGAGCAGCAAAACAUUCGGGAGGAACUAAAUAAGAAGAGGACGCAGAAGGAGAUGGAGCACGCCAUGCUGAUCCGGCACGACGAGUCCACCCGAGAGCUGGAAUACCGGCAGCUGCACACGUUACAGAAGCUUCGCAUGGACCUGAUCCGCCUUCAGCACCAGACCGAACUGGAGAACCAGUUGGAAUACAACAAGCGGCGAGAAAGGGAACUGCACAGAAAGCAUGUCAUGGAACUCCGGCAACAGCCAAAAAACUUAAAGGCCAUGGAAAUGCAAAUUAAAAAACAGUUUCAGGACACUUGCAAAGUACAGACCAAACAGUAUAAAGCACUCAAGAAUCACCAGUUGGAAGUUACUCCAAAGAAUGAGCACAAAACAAUCUUAAAGACUUUGAAGGACGAGCAGACGAGAAAACUUGCCAUUUUGGCAGAGCAGUAUGAACAGAGUAUAAAUGAAAUGAUGGCCUCUCAAGCGUUACGGCUCGACGAGGCUCAAGAAGCAGAAUGCCAGGCCUUGAGGCUACAGCUCCAGCAGGAAAUGGAGCUGCUCAACGCCUACCAGAGCAAAAUCAAGAUGCAAACCGAGGCACAACACGAGCGCGAGCUCCAGAAGCUGGAGCAGAGGGUGUCUCUGCGCAGAGCACACUUGGAGCAGAAGAUUGAAGAAGAGCUGGCGGCCCUUCAGAAGGAACGCAGCGAGAGAAUCAAGUACCUGUUAGAAAGGCAGGAGCGAGAGAUCGAGACUUUUGACAUGGAGAGUCUCAGAAUGGGAUUUGGGAAUUUGGUUACAUUAGAUUUUCCUAAGGAGGACUAUAGAUGA